CCGACUCCUCCCCUUCAGUCUUGCACAGGUGUACCGGCUCCUCCCCUUCAGUCUUGCACAGGUGUCCCGGCUCCUCCCCUUCAGUCUUGCACAGGUGUACCGACUCCUCCCCUUCAGUCUUGCACAGGUGUACCGACUCCUCCCCUUCAGUCUUGCACAGGUGUACCGGCUCCUCCCCUUCAGUCUUGCACAGGCGUAGCGGCUCCUCCCCUUCAGUCUUGCACAGGUGUAGCGGCUCCUCCCCUUCAGUCUUGCACAGGUGUAGCGGCUCCUCCCCUUCAGUCUUGCACAGGUGUAGCGGCUCCUCCCCUUCAGUCUUGCACAGGUGUACCUGCUCCUCCCCUUCAGUCUUGCACAGGUGUACUGGCUCCUCCCCUUCAGUCUUGCACAGGUGUACCGGCUCCUCCCCUUCAGUCUUGCACAGGUGUACCGGCUCCUCCCCUUCAGUCUUGCACAGGUGUACCCGGCUCCUCCCCUUCAGUCUUACACAGUUGUACCGGCUCCUCCCCUUCAGUCUUGCACAGUUGUACCGGCUCCUCCCCUUCAGUCUUACACAGGUGUACCGGCUCCUCCCCUUCAGUCUUACACAGUUGUACCGGCUCCUCCCCUUCAGUCUUGCACAGGUGUACCGGCUCCUUCCCUUCAGUCUUGCACAGGUGUACCGGCUCCUUCCCUUCAGUC